AUGGCCGCGGCCGCGGCGGCGCCGCCCCGGCGCAUCGGCAGGUCGAGCGUCCACAUGGACGUCGGCAGGCCGACGCCAGCGAUUGAUGGUGUAGGCGGCACGUCCUCUGGCGCCGGGGCAGGGCGACGGCCGGGCAUCAACCUCUUCUCGGGGCCGGUAUGUGUCGCCGUGUUCGUCUCCUUUGCGCUCUGCAUCGUCCUCUUCUGCGUCUACUCCUUCCUCGCUCGUCGCCGCGCCGUCGUGAGCGCCCGCCAGACGUUCCUCGAUCGCAUGCGCGACAGCAUCGCCCUCGUCUCCGGCUGGUCAGCCCCGAGCGCCGCCAACCUGCCGGUGUCACCACCACCUCCUCCUGAAGCAGCGACACAGCCUCCUCCAGCAUCAGGGACAACGGCCGACCGUGAUGGCGAGCCACCGCCUCCUCCAACAGCGGCCACGCCCCCCGACGUUGACCUGUCAUCGCCGCCUCCAGUAGCGACAACGGCCACCUACGAUGACGCGCCACCGCCUCUUCGAAGAGCGCCGGCCCGACGUGUACAUGGACCCACCGCCAACCCUGGCCUCGGUAACUGCCCGGUGUGCUCCGAGCCGUUACAUGGGCGUACCAACGUCAUGGCGCCGCAUGCUUGCGCCCACGUGUUCCACGCGUCUUGCAUUGAGCCAUGGCUCCACAACCGGGGCUCCUGCCCCGUGUGCCGGUGCACUGACGACCCCACCUCCGCCUCCACCUCCACCUUCAUCGGCGACUGCCCGAUCUGCCUCGAGGCCAUGCGCGUUGAUUGUGAUGGUGUCAGGGCAUCACACGCUUGUGGCCAUGUGUUUCACUCGUGUUGCAUUGAGCCGUGGCUCAACCAACAGGGCUCCUGCCCCGUGUGCCGGUGCAACAUUGUCAACUCAACCUUCACCUCCACCCCCACCCUCACCUCUACAUCCGUCAUCACCCCCUCCCCCAUCCCCACCUCUACCUCCGUCACCACCUCCACCCCUACCUCUGACACCAUCGGCUACUGUCCGGUGUGCCUUGAGCCCUUGCACGCUGGCAGUGGUGACAUCAGGGCGGCACACGCAUGCGGACAUGUGUUUCACUCGCGUUGCAUUGGACGGUGGGUACGUCGACGGGGCUCGUGUCCUGUGUGUUUGUGCAUUGCCCGCUUCAACCCCAACCCCACCUUCAUCUCCACCUCCAACCCCACCCCAAACACUAGUCUCACCUCCGUUCCCACCUACAACCCCACCCCAGACACUAACCCCACCUUCAACCCCACCCCAAACGCUACCUCCAACUCCGGCCCUAUCGACGAAUGUCCAGUGUGCCUCGAGCCCUUACGCAUUGAUGGUGGCGACGUGAGGGCUGCGCACGCGUGCGGCCACGUGUUCCACUCGCGUUGCAUCGCGCGAUGGAUACGCCACCGCAACUCCUGCCCCGUUUGCCGUUGCACCGUCACGUGCAGUCGCAGCCCAUGAGACUA